UUAUAUCAAUUUCUGUAUCAAUUUCCACUUUCUUCAUCUUCCUCUCUAAUUAUUUGUCUCUCCAAAUCUCACACCAAAACGCUCACACUCUUUCAGAGGCUCUUCAAAUUCCUUUUCCUUUUCAACCCCGAUCGCCACAACCACCAUCACCGCCACCGCCGCCACCUCUACCAGCUGUCACUUCCUUCCUAGAAGUUUCAAUCUCUAUAUCCCCACCAAAUCAAUACUUCACUCUUUCAUUCUGCCUCCAUUCCCAUCUUAAAUCGUGAUCCCAUCUUCCUCCAUUAUCAAAGGAGAAAAAAAAACCUGCCCGUCAAAGAUCUAAACUUUAAUAGUCUUAUUUUUGUACCACUCUUUUUCCUUAUUACACAAGUAUCGGUUUUACAUUUUUUACAGCUCCAUUUUAACUUUUAUACAAGAGGGUUUCGCUAGUUUUCUUUGAAAAACCAUUUUUAAAUUUUUUUUUUUUUGUUCUAAUUAUGAAAAAUACUACGGGAAGGGGGAGAGGGGAGAGAGAUGAGGGAGAGAAGUACAUGGGGUUACUGAAACUAGUACAAAUUUUAUCAUUUUUAGUUGUUUUUGUAGCAGGAAUUAUUAUAGGACUAGCAACAAGUUCACACAUGAACCAGUUUUUCACAUCACAGUCUUUGUUAUUUUCAACCAAUCGUUUCUCAGCAAUUUCUCAAUCGAGUAUGGAACAAAAUUGCUCAGUAGUUCAGACUUGUGAGGACAUUGAUUACUCGAGGUUUGAGAAGUUUAUUCAUCCUGAAAAACUGAGCCAUAAAUUGUCAGACGAUGAGCUCUUGUGGAGGGCUUCAAUGGUGCCUUAUAGGGAAGAUGAAUACCCUUUUCAGAGAACUGUUAAAGUGGCUUUUAUGUUCUUGACAAGAGGGCCAUUGCCCAUGUUGCCUCUGUGGGAGAAAUUUUUUAAAGGGCACGAGAAGUAUUUUUCGAUUUAUGUUCAUGCUCUUCCUGGCUACAAGCAUGAAGUUUCCAAAGAUUCUCCCUUUUAUGGAAGGCAAAUCCCAAGUCAGAAUGUUGACUGGGGAACAGUUGAAAUGGUUGAUGCUGAGAGGCGGCUUCUAGCCAAUGCCCUACUAGACUUUUCAAAUGAGCGGUUUGUUCUUUUAUCUGAGAGCUGCAUCCCAGUCUAUAACUUCCAGACUGUCUACAAAUAUCUCACUGGUUCUGCCCAUAGCUUUGUUGAGUCAUAUGAUAGUCCCUCCCGUUAUGGGCGUGGCCGCUACAGCCGCAGGAUGCGUCCCGAUAUCAAGAUCUAUCAGUGGCGGAAAGGAUCUCAAUGGUUUGAAAUGCAUCGAAAGGUUGCGAUAUAUGUGGUCUCAGAUGUCAAGUAUCUUUCCAUUUUCAGGAAAUACUGUAAGCCAGCCUGCUAUCCUGAUGAGCAUUACAUCCCAACUUACCUGAACAUAUUCCAUGGAUCACUAAAUGCAAACCGGAGUGUAACUUGGGUUGACUGGUCACUCGGGGGCCCACAUCCGGCAACAUAUGGGGCAGAAAAUAUAACGGAAGGUUUUAUAAAAUCCAUAAGGAACAAUAAUGGCUCAUUGUGUUCAUAUAAUGAGGAGCAAACAACCAAGUGCUAUCUCUUUGCUAGGAAGUUUGCUCCAAGUGCACUAAAACCCUUGCUCAAUCUCAGCUUCACAGUGAUGGAUUUUUGAAAAGCCAUCGGCGUGGGGAUUUUCGGUUUUUAUGAAUCUAGAGAGCUUUUCUCAUGGCUCAUAAAUUUUGUUAGGUUGAAUUGAUCUCUUUGUUUCUUUUUUUAACGAAGUGUACAGGUUUGUGUAGAGAGAUUUGAGUUCAGGAUUACCAUGUAGACAUUGCUACUGUAUUGGCAAAUUUUGAGAGAAAUUAUUGUGAAGAAUAUAAACAUUAGUAUAGAAAUUUGACUUCUUUUUAUUGUUCCUCAAGUGCAAUGUCUCAUUGUCUUGUUGUAGAACAUGUAUUUUUUAUAAUCAAAAUGAUCGAUCUCAUCAAUGGCUCUUCAAAUCA